CAGACUUUAGGCUGCUGGCCGCCCGAAGAGGACGGCAGACCGGCUACAGCUCCGCUCUGAGCCGCUGCUCUGUGAAGGGAACGGAACAACUCAGCCAGCCAGCCAGCUUCUUCUUCUUAUUAUUAUUAUUAUUAUUAUUAUAGUCAUUGUUUUGUGUACUUCCGCCGGCGUGUUGUUGACUCGCUGUGUGAUUGAGACUCGAACCCCCGUGAGGACGAUGAGAUUUCUGGUCUCUUUCUUGGCCGCCUGCGCGCUGCUCGUCGUGUCGUGGCCGCACUUUGGUUCCUGUUCUCCGACUCAGGGUUCACGGCAGCCCGGCGUCCUGCUGCUGCUCCGGGAGCAGCUGCUGAGCCGCUCUGGGUUCAGGUUUAACUGGAAGAACGUCACCUGUCCUCUGUGUAAAGCUGUCUUCACCGUCCUAGAUGUCGCCCUUCUGAGUGAAACAAAUGAAGAGCGAGUGGCACACGCGGUAGCUGAGGUGUGCAUCCGUCUACACCUGGCUGAGGAGCAGGUGUGCCAUGAUGUAGCAGAGUUGUUCAGGGAUGAUGUCAUCUGGGUCCUGCAAGAGUCUGUCCUGUGGCCCACUGAAGCCUGUGCCGUGCUGGUGGACCCAUCUUGUGGUAAAUUUGACAUCUAUGCACCCUGGAAUGUCACGCUGCCAAAGACACCUAAGCCACCCAUUACACCACCUUCUCCACCCCCACCUGGUUCUCCUCAGAGCAGGGUACUGUUCCUGACAGAUAUCCACUGGGAUCAGGAGUAUGAAAUGAGCAGCAGGGCGGACUGUAAGGAUCCUCUGUGCUGUCGUAAAAGCUCAGGCUAUCCAAACUGGCGGCAAAGAGAGGCUGGGUACUGGGGAACCUACAGUAAGUGUGAUCUGCCAUUGUGGACAGUGGAGAAUCUACUGGAGAAUGCUGCAAAGGCUGGCCCCUGGGACUGGGUCUACUGGACUGGAGACAUACCAGCACACAAUGUGUGGUCUCAGACCAGGAAACAACAGCUGUCUGAGCUCACAGUCAUCUCCAGGCUUAUCCACAAACAUCUUGGAGCUAAUGUGAAAGUUUACCCUGCUGUAGGGAACCAUGAGAGUACACCAGUCAACAGCUUUCCUCCACCUUUUGUUCACGGUAACAAAUCCUCUGACUGGCUCUACAAUACCAUGGCGGAGGAAUGGGCGCCAUGGUUACCAGAGGAGGCUUUGCGUACUUUGAGAUAUGGAGGGUUUUAUACAGUGACGAUUCAGCCUGGCCUUAGGGUUGUCUCUCUCAACAUGAACUUUUGUGCCCGAGAAAACUUCUGGCUGAUGGUGAACUCGACUGAUCCUGCUAACCAGCUGCAGUGGCUUGUGCAUGUUCUCCAAACUAGUGAGGACAAGGGUGAGAAAGUCCAUAUCAUUGGUCACAUCCCACCUGGCCUGUGUCUCGGCAGCUGGAGCUGGAACUACUAUCACAUUGUCAACCGAUAUGAAAGUACAAUUACUGGACAGUUUUUUGGCCACACACAUAAGGAUGAGUUCCAGAUGUUUUAUGAUGAAGACACUAUGAGCCGCCCAUUGGGAGUGGCUUUCAUUGCUCCCAGUGUCACCACCUACAUUAAUCUGAAUCCAGGUUACCGUGUCUACUUUGUGGAUGGCAAUUACCAAGGUAGCUCUCGGCAGGUGCUUGACCAUGAAACCUACAUCCUCAAUCUGACUGAGGCCAACGGCAUUGCGGGAGCAAAGGGUGCCCAUCCAGAACAAAACCCCAAAUGGACACUACUAUACCGUGCUACUGAGGCCUAUGGGCUGCCUAGUACAUUACCUUCUGAUUGUGACCAGCUGCUCCAGAUCUUUAUCAAGGAUGACCGGAUCUUCCAAAAGUUCUGGUACUUGAACCACAAAGGCCAUGUAUCGGAGCCAUGCAAAGAGAUCUGCAAAACCAAAACGCUUUGCUUUCUUCGGAGUGGGAGGUAUGAUGAGCUGAUACAGUGUGACCUCUUCAAUGGGUUUGGAGGAAACUUGGCCCAAGCUGCCAGGAGAGCCUUAUGUUGACCUGAGUUAGUCUAGACCAAAGGAAAUGACCAGAAUUAUAGAACUUGUGCUUGGUAGGUUGUAAGAUUUCAGUGUUUCUCCACAGACAUUUGAUUAAGACAAGCCAUGGACUGAUUAACUGCUGUCUUGAUAUUUUAAUUCUGUAAAGACUGUUAGAUAUGUUUAUAAAUGUUUACUUGGAGAGGGUGUUAGGAAUUUAUCCUUGAUCCAUUGUCUCACUGAUUUGGACAGCAGUGAGUAAGCAGUUCAACCGUACUGCUUCAUGUAGUGGGGACAGUGUUCCCAAAUGCAUCAAACAAUGUUCUGAUAACAGACAGAAAGCCCAAAAGUAGAGCUGGCCAUCUCUCUGAACUGAAUCUUGAAUGUUUCUCACUGUCAUCUUCAGUCUCUAAUAAUGUUGGUUUUGCACUUUUCACUCUGUUGGUGGCAUUGUGAUCACUUUGAAGUCUGUACAAAGAUGAUUAAGUCUUUCGCAUGUGGAAGACAUUGGCUGUAAUUACCCCCGCCAGUGACGGACGGCGGUUAUGUGAUUGCCUGCAUUUUUUUGCUGGUUCGUUAACAGACUCACAGGCAGUUCUGCAUUUCUCUUUGUUUGUCUGACUGCUGCAGUUCUGCAUCUAUCGUCAUAACAUUUGGACAUACAGUUCAGAUAAUCCUAGAAUAGAGUUUAUUUUUCAAGGUCAUGCUAAAAGAGAAAAUCCUAUAAUCAGCCAUAACGUCAGAACUACUCACCAUAGAAACGUCCAAAUUAGCUCAUAUUGUUCCUCUUAGGGAGAUGCAUUCUGGGUGACCUUGGCCUUCGACCUUGACCUUCAACAAUUCAAUUACGGUCAUCCUGAAAACUUUAGAUUCUGUAUUUAAAUCUGAUGCGUGGAAGUGGUGCAUUGCGCCUUAGAAUACAGUGAGUGAGUCAUUUUUGAAGGUCACAGUUCAAAUUUCAAGGUCACACAAGACAAAAAAAAAUAGCAUUAUCAAUUUUGAUCCGACUUCAAUUUCACCAUUCUGAAGUGCCAUUUUGGUCAGUAAUCACGUAGAAUAUUCAAGAAAUACCACUUGCAGGAGAUUGUUGGCAUCACACCAAAACUAUUCAGAAAACGUUUGAGCUGACUUGAAUUUUACCAUUCCGAAGUGCCGUUUUGGUCAAUGUUUAGUUGGAAUUUGUAAGUGGAUCCACUUGCAGGACAUUGUUGACUUCAUGCCAUAACUCUUUCAGAAAUGUUUGAGCCGACCAGAAUUUUAUCUUUUUGAAGUUCCAUCUCGGUCAACAUUUAUUUCAUUGUGUGACAUCCAAAGUUACUACUCUGUUAGCGGCGGUACUUGCUCUAGUUUCUCAGGUUAGAGCUUUGCAGCCUCUGGUAUGUUAUUAUAUUGUAUAGCCCAUCCUUGGACUCACUGAACAUUUAGGUCAUUUAAAUUGAUGCACAUCACUGACUGCCUCAGCGAAGAUGCCUUGAAACUUCAGUGAUGUUGAGGAACAGCAUUCCUUAUUGAUUUAUUUUUGUGUCUGCACUUUAAUUCAUUAAAGUUAUGAAUAAGUCUGCCCCCCCCCCCCCCC